AUGACUGCCCGGGUGUUGGAUGGCACUGCCAUCGCCAAGAGCAUACGUGAGAGGAUCGGUGCAGAGAUUGUCGAGAAGCAGAGGCUCAACCCCCGUUACAAGCCUUCUCUCAAAAUUAUUCAAGGCAAUUCCGCUUCCCACAGUCUUCGUCCCUCCGCUUUUGUCCGUACUGACUCUGCCUUCGACAGUUGGCCACCGCCCAGAUUCUUGUUCGUCCCGCCUCGCCCGAUUUUUGUUUUUCUUGACCCCUCCCCCGCGAAUCCCACCUACGUGCGCAUGAAGCUCAAGGCUGCCCAAGAGGCUGGCGUCGCUUGCGAACUCCUCCAAUUCCCCGUGGAUAUCACCGAACCCGAGCUGCUGGACCAGAUCCGUCGCCUCAACCACGAUCCUACCGUCAAUGGCAUUCUGGUUCAACUGCCCCUUCCCGCCAACAUCUCCGAGUACAACAUCACCUCUGCCGUGGCCGAUGAAAAGGAUGUCGACGGCUUUGGAACAAACAACAUUGGCGAGUUGGCCAAGCGCGGCGGCGCUCCCAUCUUCACGCCGUGCACUCCCAAGGGCGUCAUGUACAUGCUCGACGAGGCAGGCGUCCAGGUUGCUGGGAAGACGGCAGUCGUUCUCGGCCGGAGCAACAUCGUUGGCGGUCCUGUCAGUUACCUCUUGCGCCAUGCUGACGCUACCGUCAUUGUCUGCCACUCCAAGACCCAGGGGCUGGACAACUUCCUCAGGCACGCCGACAUUGUCAUUGCUGCCAUUGGACAGGCUCAGUUUGUCAAGGCCGAAUGGUUGAAGCAAGGUGCCGUUGUCAUUGAUGUUGGCACCAAUUUCAUUCCCGACGCCUCCAGGAAGAGUGGCCAGCGCAUGGUCGGUGACGUCGACUUUGAAGGCGCUUCCAAAGUCGCCUCCGUCAUUACCCCCGUCCCCGGAGGCGUGGGCCCCAUGACUGUUGCCAUGCUUCUGCAAAACGUUGUCGAAGCCACCAAUCUCUUCUUUGAAAAGGAGAAGAUUAGAAAGACGAUCCCCCUCCCCCUCAAGUUGAAGACCCCUGUACCAUCAGACAUCGCCAUCUCGAGAGACCAAAUUCCCAAGCAAAUCACUCGUAUUGCCGCCGAGGUUGGCAUUGCUCCGCACGAGCUGGAACCCUACGGUGCCUACAAAGCCAAGGUGCACCUCGACGUGCUUAAACGCCUCGACCAUCGAAGGAAUGGCCGCUACGUCGUAGUCACUGGAAUAACGCCCACACCCCUGGGAGAGGGCAAAUCCACGACGACCAUGGGUCUUGCCCAGGCUCUCGGAGCCCACUUGGGACGAUUGACGUUUGCCAACGUCCGGCAGCCCAGCCAAGGCCCUACCUUUGGCAUCAAGGGUGGCGCUGCCGGCGGCGGCUACAGCCAAGUGAUUCCCAUGGACGAGUUCAACCUGCACCUGACGGGUGAUAUUCACGCCAUCACUGCUGCCAACAACCUCUUGGCUGCGGCAUUGGAAACUCGCAUGUUCCAUGAAAACACGCAGAAGGACGGACCUCUCUACAGACGACUUGUCCCCGCCAAGAAUGGAGUGCGCAAGUUUGCCCCCGUCAUGUUCCGCCGCUUGAAAAAGCUCGGUAUUGACAAGGCCGACCCUGAUGCCCUCACCGAGGAAGAGAUUCGACGAUUCGCUUGUCUUGACAUUGACCCCGACACCAUUACCUGGAGGCGUGUACUCGAUGUCAACGACCGCCAUCUGCGAGGCGUCACCGUUGGCACCGCUCCGACAGAAAAGGGCCAGUCCCGUGAAACUGGAUUUGACAUCUCUGUUGCCAGCGAGUGCAUGGCUAUUCUCGCCCUGAGCACAAGCUUGGAAGACAUGCGUGAGCGCCUGGGACGCAUGGUCGUUGCUUCUUCCCGCAGCGGCGACCCCGUCACCUGUGAUGACAUUGGGGCUGGCGGUGCUUUGACUGCCUUGAUGAAGGAUGCCAUCAAGCCCAACCUCAUGCAGACUCUGGAGGGAACGCCUGUGUUCGUCCACGCUGGUCCAUUCGCGAACAUCAGUAUUGGCCAGAGCUCCAUCAUCGCGGACAAGCUAGCAUUGAAGCUAGCCGGUACCGAACCUGAUGAGAACCAUGGCGAAUCAGCUGGGUUCGUUGUCACCGAAGCCGGCUUCGAUUUCACCAUGGGCGGUGAGCGCUUCUUCAACAUCAAGUGCCGUACUUCUGGCCUUGUUCCCGAUGUGGUUGUCGUCGUAGCUACUGUGCGCGCUCUGAAAGUUCACGGCGGUGGCCCUCCUAUCGCUCCUGGAGCCCCCCUAGAUGACGUCUACAGACAGGAAAAUGUAGAAAUCCUGCGUGCCGGCUGUGUCAACCUCAAGAAGCACAUCAGAAACGCUAGGUCGUUUGGCGUUCCCGUAGUCGUGGCCAUCAACAAGUUUGCCACCGACACGGAUGCCGAAAUUGCCGUUGUUCGCGAGGAGGCCUUGUCUGCUGGUGCUGAAGAUGCUAUCCUGUCUGACCACUGGGCCCAGGGCGGCCAAGGAGCCGUUGACCUGGCCAAGGGAAUUGUUGCGGCUUGCCAAAAGCCCAAGGAGCUCAAAUUUACCUAUGGACUGGACGGGAGUGUCCAGGAGCGUAUCGAGGCCAUAGGGCAAAAGAUGUACGGUGCUGCCAAGGUUGAGUUCAGCGAGCUGGCCCGGAAGAAGGUCGACACCUACACCAGACAAGGUUAUGGCAACCUGCCUGUUUGCGUUGCCAAAACGCAGUAUUCCCUCUCCCACGACCCUGACCUCAAGGGCGCCCCCACGGACUUUACCGUUCCGAUUCGGGACGUCCGUAUGGCCGCCGGUGCAGGGUAUCUAUACGCAUUGGCCGCUGAUAUUCAGACAAUCCCCGGUCUGCCCACGGCCCCCGGCUAUCUCAACGUGGAUGUCGACACGGAAACUGGCGAGAUUGAUGGGUUGUUUUAG